CACUUUGUACCACAGGCAGAUAGCGAGAGGCAGAGAGACGGAAGAGUGGCAGGGAGAGAGGCUGAGCCGAGCCAGCCAGCAAGGAAGAGCAGAAAGUUUGUGUGCAGAGACUUUCCUCCAGAGCCCUCCCUUGACAGAAAAGAGUAUUAUUUCACCUGAUAGCUCUGGUAAUAAAAGAAUGAGAAAACUACUUAAAUAGGAGAAAAUUAGAGGAAAGUUAGCCUGUUCCUUUUCAGUUUUAGAAUUACAGGCAAUUGGCAGCCUGGCUGUCUCUCUCUCUCUCUCUGUUUAGAGGACUGAAAAGGGCUUCUGGCUAAGUAAAAACAACAACAGUAGUUUGAGUUAGAGUUUCUGAAAAAUUAAAAGCAGUUCAGGGUGGAAAAACGUUCAUGUUGGCGUGGUGCUUUCCUUUUUCUUUUUUCUUUUUAAAGCGGCUCCACGGAAGUGAGAACUGAGCCAACUUUGCAAGAGAGCUAACGGAGCACGAUGAAUUUUUAAAAAGCCCCUUAUAUUUUAUUACUUUUAUUGUUGUUUUUCACGAGGGCACAGGGCAUGAAAAGGGAACUCAAAGGAACCCUUUGAAGAACAAGAGCAAGCAAGAUGGGUUUGUUAAGCAUUGACCUGUUGAUCACACUUCAGAUCCUGCCGGUUUUUGUCUCCAACUGCCUUUUCCUUGCCCUCUAUGACUCGGUGGUCCUCUUGAAGCACAUGGUGCUUCUCCUGAGUCGCUCCAAGGCUGCACGUGGUGAAUGGCGAAGGAUGCUCACAUCAGAGGGGUUGCGCUGCGUCUGGAAUAGCUUUCUCCUAGAUGCCUACAAGCAGGUGAAAUUGGGUGGAGAAGCUCCUAAUUCCAAUGUCAUUCACAUACCUAAUGGCACUGCUGAAAGCAGCAGCAGCUGCAGAUGGAAAAGCUCCAUGGGAAAGUAUGGUACUGAAUGCCACCUCUUGGACUUUGCCAAAUCAGAGCGCCCACUUGUAAUCAACUUUGGGUCAGCUACCUGACCUCCCUUCACAAACCAGCUGUCUGCCUUUGGCAAGCUGGUGGAAGAGUUCUCUAGUGUGGCUGACUUUCUGUUAGUCUACAUUGAUGAGGCUCACCCAUCAGAUGGCUGGGCUGCUCCUGGUAUCUCAUCUUCAUUUGAAGUCAAGAAACAUAGGAACCAAGAAGAUAGAUGUGCUGCUGCUCACCAGCUUCUAAAAAAGUUUUCUUUGCCACCACAGUGCCAGAUAGUGGCUGACUGCAUGGACAACAAUGCCAAUGUGGCCUAUGGAGUCUCCUUUGAGCGUGUAUGCAUUGUACAAAGACAAAAAAUUGCCUACCUGGGGGGAAAAGGCCCUUUUUUCUACAAUCUUCAAGAGGUUCGACUUUGGCUGGAGCAAAACUUCAGGAAGAGAUGAAAUCCAAAUUUACCAGAUGAGAAGUCAAGAGGACUGCCCCUUUAAAAUAAUGCAAAAAGGAUCCAAGUUGCAUUCCUGUUUUGAAUAGGAUUUUUCUGCCUUUUGGGACAAAACAGGCCUAGUGAAAAGGUUAAAUGGACAAACUGGUUAUAAAACAACAAUGAAUUCCCAGUAGCUCUCCCAAAAAGGAGCUAAGAAAAGAUUUUUCCUUUUAUAGAAUAAGACUGGUGAGAUUUUUGUGCCAUGAGGCGGUAGAAGCACCCAAAACCAUUGUUUCCAGAAAGUUUAUGGAGAAUGAUAUAUUGUCCCCUGAGAUAAAAGUCUAUCACUUUGUCCUUCAGAGUUUGUCCUGCUAAAUUCCAUCAUAGCAUGUUCAGAAUCUGAAGCUUGCCAGUGUCAUGAAAUAAAUAUUUCAGUUUGUUGCAGAGAGGUACCAUUUGGUAGAUACUACAAAUUUCAGCAUCUACUACAAAUUGGAUAGCUAAUUGCCUUCUUAAUUGCUGAAAAUAAGAACUGGUAUUCACUCUGCUAAAACUUUUUUUUUUUGCAAUAUAGUACAGCUGCAAUUCUGAAAUCUUUUACUUUGAUUCUAGCUCUUUCAGUGCUUCAAAGACAAAGAAUUCUGUGAGAGCAGUUUAUACCCUAACUCUGCAUUGCAUGAUUAGGCUGAAAUAUCUCCUAGCAACAGUCAUCAUGGAAGUUGCAUAGGCUGUUCUGAAUCUUAGUUUAUAUCCCCCAAAAUGAAAUUCUUAAUAAUUUUGAAGCAGUGAAGGCUGUUGUGUAUUGGACCAAUUCAGACAAUGUAGCUCAAAUGGAUUUCUACUGUUUAUUGUCUAUAAAAGAAAUAAUUUAUGUUGAAAAACUUAUCUAAAUCAACUAACAGUUUCUUCUGCCUGCCCAAAACCCAAGUCUCAGAAUAUUUUGCUAUGAAAGAUCAGUAUUAGACUUAUUAUGUUUGAGCCUGGAUAUAUCCAGGACAGUUGUGCAAUCAGAUCUGUAAUCUAUUUCUCAUAUCCAAUUGUUAUAACUAUUUUGUGAAAAGCAUGCUUCAGCAAACAUCAGUUAUCGCAAUAAAAUUAGUUUGUGCUUUCUGCCAGCAUAAACUAAUUUUUGGAAACAAGCUCUUCAGGUGAAAAACAUAACACUUGAUGUAUUUUCUUCCAACUUAAACUAGCCUUUAAGGUGCAUCUCAUGGCAAUCUCAUUUCUCAUUUUUAAUCUGUCACACCAUCUGAAAAAAACAAGGAUUUCAGAGGCUGGAAUACCACUUGUUAGUCUUUAUCCUUUGCUGAUUCCACAUGAUGUUUUCAAUUGGGUGGAUCAUUACAAGCAAAAAAAGUGGUUGUGAUCUUGGAAGCAGCAUGUUCUGGUACUUUUGUAUUGGAUCACAUAAGGAAGAAUCAUGAGAACGUUAUGAUUACCUUGCUCUUACAUUCUUUCUGCACUGAGGCAACCUCUGAGCAGUGUAUUGUAAGAUUAUCUCUGUGUAAGAAAAAAAAAUUGUGUGUAACACAACCUUUGGGGAACAGAGAGGGGGGAAAGAUAGGGCAGAGAAAGCAAAUUAUAUGCAAGAGCCAGGGAGUUGUGACAGGCCCUAUAUUAGCUCUUCAGACAUUGGGAGAGAUUCUGUUUGUGUGUGUGAGAGAGAGAGGGAGAGAGGGAGAGAGAGAGAGGGAGAGAGAGAGUGUAUUCACAAAUACCCAGGGUCAUAUCCAAUAAAGAAACAAACUUGUUUUAUGUUUGACCUGGAUGAAUAGGACGGAAACUAUCAGGUUUACUUGCCUUUUUUUUUACAAAGUCAACAAAAGUACAGUUAAGAUUAGGUGUUAGUGUAUAUUAUAAGAUUUAAACAUUUUUUUUUUAUUGAAUUUGAAAACAAUGCAACAGGUGUAUUUUUCUGUGAGAUUAAAGAAGAAAGAAUGGAGAGGGGAUGACAUACCACUUUACUUUAUUGGGAUUGAAAUUUCAUUCAUAAAUUAAUGUGGUUGGCUUGAUGCAAUUCUUUUCUCUUUGCCCUUCUACCAUAAAAACCUGCAAUUAGCUUUUAGCCAUGUUAAUUUAGCAUGAAACAGAUUUCAGUUUUAGGACUGAUAAACUGCAGAGCGGUAGAAAGCCAAUUCCUUUGUCCAGUUUCCAUUUUUCAAAAAAUAACUUCCCCCUAAAGUUUAAUUUUGGCCUCAUGGGUAUUGUUCUUCUCCCUCUUUGCCUCUCUCCCUCCCCCCACCCAUAAAAAGGGUGGCAAAAACAGAGGGAUUUUUUAAUGAAAUAACUGGGAUGUUUGAGUCUGGAAGAGGAAAAUGAAGUGAAAUGGUUUUGAGAGGAAGACUGGGCGGUAUUUUCCUGGAAAGUCUUCUGUACAAAAUGCACUGAAAUAAGUACAGUGUGCAGAGUUGCCCUGUUAGCACAAUGGACCCAUUUGCCCAUUUUCAUUCAAAGUACAUAAAGAUUGUGAAAGAAAAGAGACGGGGUAAAAGUCCUUUUCUGACAACAAAACUCAUGGGGGGUGGGGGGAAGAAAGCAAUAAAAAGCAAUUAAAUUCCACAAAGGCUUACAAUUCCUUUAAGUUUUCAUUGCCUCCUUAUAGAACCAUUGGGUCAAUCUGAAUUGUUUUGAUAUUGGCCAAUAAUUCUCCUACUGCACAAGACAUUUUUAGAAUGUGUCUCUUCAUCGAAGGGAUACAAACUUGACAGUCAGGUGUGAAUGCUAUUUUUUCUAUGUCCACCUUCUUUCUUUCCCUCUCUUUUACAGACAUGCAGCACAUGGGCACACAGUUAUAGAGAAAGGAUGUCAGAGGAGUUGAGGAUGAAUGUACUAAAAAGCUGGCAGAUGGAGGAUGAGGAGAUGGCAUACGCUGUUACAGUUUGAAAAAUUAAAGGACUUGGUGAAGGUACAGAGGCAGACAGUUGCAGGGAAUAAGUGCUUCUUUAAUUUAGGGUGGGGAUCAUUGCUAAAGUAUGAAACAAGCAAUAAUUAAUAUAAAUGAAAUGCUCAUUUUUUCAAACAGUAACCUGUUGGCAGGGAUGUGAAACAUAUUUCUUAACAAAUGAUUUCAGUGGCAUUCUUUAAAAAAUGAUCUUCCAAUGAACAGAUUCCCCUAAUAUUUCUCUUAAAUUGUUUUUGUGUCUCCCUACUUUACCCUUAUAACUUAUAAUUAUAUUUAUCAAUUGAAGGCCUUAUUUCUACUUAUGUUCAUUUAGUAGUUAGGCACACAGAUUCUAUGUGAUUUACAGUUUGGGACUGCCAUCUAUUCUACUUAAUAUAGUAUUCUGCCUCAGACAGCCUUUGUGAGUUAAGGGGAUCCUGUUUAUGGCUCAGUCCAGAACAAUCAUUGUGCUGAUGAAGAGGUUUCCCCCUACUGUCUAAUAAUAAUUAACUUUCAAACCAGAAUGGCAAUUUAGAGCUUGAACUGAGUUUAUUUGUUAGCAUUGUCAAAGGCUUUCACGGCCGGCAUACGAUGGCUGGUGUGGGUCUUCCGGGCUGUGUGGCCGU